ACGUGACGUCAUAUCCGCCGCCUGCCCCGACCGUCCGCCAUCGCUAGGCACCUCGCUACUAGCCGCUGGCCCGCUGCGCUUGUGUUCGGCGUUCGCUUCUACGUGUCAGCGCCGCAUGUUUGCUGUCGUGAAAGCUUUGCGAUGGCAAAAGUCAGGAGCCCUGAAUUUUGCCCUUCCUACAUGGACGAGCUUGUAGGGCCGACGCGGGCUCGCUACAAAGAAAAGGUCGGAAUGUGCGACGGCGUGGACCCAUACCAGCUGCACGUUGGCGUGGAUACCUGCUCCGACCCCGAGGUGCUCCUCGCCACGACGUACGUGGAUAUUAUUAAUUAUCUUGUCCUGUCCACGAGCUACGUCACUCUAAAUGAGAUGAAGGCUUACAAAUCGCUGGAGGCACACAAUUACUUCACGAGCGGUUGGGUGAGGAACGUUGCAGCGAAGCGCCUGUCGUCGGGUCUUAUCAUCGUCCUCGGCGAGGUCAGUCAUUCCCAAAUACUCCGGGAGCCACCACUAAAAUCUUGGUUUUUGGCUAAAGCUGAUGGCUCUGUCAUCACAGCCCAUUGUACAUGCAUGGCAGGAGCUGGAGAAGCCUGCUCCCACGUCGGUGCCAUAUUAUUUCCUGUUGAGACGGCUGUACGCCUGAGAGAUGCAAGAACAUGCACAGAGAAGAGGAACGCAUGGCUUCCAGCCAGCAGCCCAGGCACAGAGUACAAGCGCCUCAAGGACAUAUACUUCUCGUCAUCGAGGAUGAAGAAGCAAAAGAUGGACAAUGUCAUUUGCAGGUGAAUGACACACAGGUUCCAGCAUGCUCGACACAAGCGCAAUCAAGUAGACCACCUUCUCCAACAGAAGAAGAGAUUAAUUUGCUGUACUCAAGAAUUGCAGAUUCUGGAGUUAAACCAGCUCUCUUCAUGGU